GCAAAACCUGCCAGCAGGCUGACCCCUGCGCCUCCAACCCCUGCGCCAACGGGGGCCAGUGCGUCCCCUUCGAAGCCCACUACAUCUGCCGGUGCACAACCGGCCUCCCCGGGGCCACACACUGCAACAUCUCUCCCCCCAUCUGCAAGAACGGCGGGAGCUGCACCAACGAGGUGGGCACGUACCAGUGCUCCUGCAAGCCGGCGUUCACCGGGCAGAACUGCGAGCACCUCUACGUGCCCUGCAACCCCUCGCCCUGCCAGAACGGGGGCACGUGCCGCCAGAUCGGGGACACCACCUACGACUGCACGUGCCUGCCAGGGUUCACGGGCCAGAACUGUGAGGAGAACAUCAAUGACUGUCCAGGCAACAACUGCAAGAAUGGGGGUACCUGCGUGGAUGGUGUGAACACCUACAACUGCCAGUGCCCGCCCGAGUGGACAGGUCAGUACUGCACCGAGGACGUGGACGAGUGCCAGUUGAUGCCCAACGCCUGCCAGAAUGGGGGCACUUGCCACAACAACCAUGGUGGCUACAACUGCGUGUGUGUCAAUGGCUGGACGGGCGAGGACUGCAGCGAGAACAUCGACGACUGCGCCAUGGCCGCCUGCUUCCACGGGGCCACGUGCCAUGACCGUGUCGCCUCCUUCUACUGCGAGUGCCCCCAUGGCCGCACGGGUUUGCUGUGCCACCUCGAUGAUGCCUGCAUCAGCAACCCCUGCAACGAGGGCUCCAACUGUGACACCAACCCCGUCAAUGGCAAAGCCAUCUGCACGUGCCCUUCGGGGUACAUGGGGCCGGCCUGCAACCAGGACGUGGACGAGUGUUCGCUGGGAGCCAACCCUUGUGAGCACGCAGGGAAAUGCAUCAACACCCAGGGGUCCUUCCAGUGCCAGUGCUUGCAGGGCUACUCGGGCCCUCGCUGUGAGAUCGAUGUCAAUGAGUGCCUCUCCAACCCCUGCCAGAACGAUGCCACCUGCCUGGACCAGAUCGGGGAAUUCCAGUGCAUCUGCAUGCCCGGUUACGAGGGGGUUUACUGUGAGAUCAACACGGACGAGCGCACCAGCCGCCCCUGUCUGCACAACGGCAACUGCCUCGACAAGAUCAAUGAGUUCCACUGCGAGUGCCCCACCGGCUUCAACGGGCACCUCUGCCAGUUCGACAUCGACGAGUGCGCCAGCACCCCCUGCAAGAACGGUGCCAAGUGUGUGGAUGGCCCCAACACCUACAGUUGCGAGUGCACCGAAG